CUGGAUCUGGAGGACGUUCGCAGCUACAGAGGAGAGCUGUGUCAGCCUCAGCUGGUGAGAGAGCGCCCCCUGCUGUCCAACCUGUGAACAGCACGAAGCUGCAUUUGUGUUUUUCUCUAAAAUGUUAUCAGCUCAGUUUCUGUAAUAACCUGUGACCAGCUUGACCUCCACAUCAUCACAGCUCCUCCCGCAGCUGCUUUGACCUUUGACCCAUCCUCAGUGAGCGCUGCAGAGCUCUGAGGACGGGAAGCAAUAAGAUCUGCUUGAUUUUAAAAAUGUAAAACCUUGAUAGUGUUCGAGUCCCUGCAGGUGUUUCAGAGCCACGAACGCUCUCGUGGUCAACCUUCAAUCCAAACCAAUCAGCGUAUUAACCUGCAGCAGAGCUCGUGUUAAAGGUCAUGCAGAGGUCACCUGCGAGUGGCGGUGCUGGAUGAAUGUCAGGUGCUGACGGUGUUCUUCUCCUCCUGUGGAAGGAUUGUGAGUUCAAACCCUGUCACAGGGUCAAAGUGGACUUUUCUUUGUCCGGCUGUGACGACGUCUACCUGCCCUCCCACCAGCCAAUAGAAUGGCGCUUUCACACACCAGAGGAAGAGAUCAGUUUAGGGCCGGCGUGCUGGCUGUGGGACUACCUGAGGAGGAGCGGCCAGGCUGGUUUCCUGCUGCCUCUGAGCGGCGGCGUCGACAGCUCCUCCACCGCCUGCAUCGUCCACUGCAUGUGCGUGCUGCUGUGCCGCGCCGUCGAGGGCGGCAACAGUCGGGUGCUGGAAGACGUCCGCAGGGUGGUCGGCGACGAGUCGUAUCAUCCGCAGGACCCGAAGGAGCUGUGCGCUCGCGUCUUCACCACCUGCUACAUGGCGAGCGAAAACUCGUCCGAGGACACGCGCAGCAGGGCCAGAGACCUCGCCAAUCAGAUCGGCAGCACGCACAUGAACAUCAACAUAGACGUGGCGGUGAAAGGCAUUCUGGGUAUCUUCUCGGCGGUUACCGGACGGUGGCCUCAGUUUCGUGCGAGCGGGGGAAGUGCGAGAGAAAACCUGGCUCUGCAGAACGUGCAG